CGUAUUUCAUUGGGCGCCAAGAAAAGGAAGAAGUCGAUUUAAGGAAAAUUGUAACAAUAAGAUGAAGGUACAGUUCGGGGCGUUCCUUGCUCUAGUGGUAACAUCAGUAAUAUUCGCACAGACCGGAAAUGACAUUGUGGACAAUGGCAUCACCGCUGGCACCGAGUUGGCGCAAGCAAUCGGCGACAGGCAAUUUGCAACCACCAUGGGGAAACUGGCAACUAGAGUUGGUCCAUAUCUUGGCAUGGUGGGUCCGGCGAUUGGGAUUAUAGCCGCUAUAGCUGGUAUUCAAGAAGAGUCCGCAGAGCUGAAAUUUAUGCGUGAUAUGUUGUCCAAAAUCGAAAAUCGGUUUGACCAAGUUGAUCGAAGAUUAGAUGAAAUCGCUCGCAAAAUGGACUGGAACCGUGUUAGAGUCCAAUUUUUUACCUUUGAAAAGAAAAUAAAGGCCAUGAAAAUGGAAUUGGAUAAGUUCUAUAAUGCCAGUGGUAGUGAUUUUACGAGCUUUAGGGAUACUUUCGCUACUGUUUAUGAAUGCGUGUACGAGAACAGCGCCCAAAUGUUAUACAAUCACAUCGUAUCUCAUGGAUCCACGUUUUCCAGUAACGUUCUCACGGAAGCAGUGCAGGCUAACCAAAACGACCGGCGCGAUAUACAAACGUUCAUGUUGGGGCUGACCAAACUUAUUCUUGUGGGAAGUCAGGUUGAGAUGGCGUACUACAAAAUCAAACACCCCAACUCUCUCAAGGGCCAUGAACAAAAAUGGACAGGUCAAAUCAACGAAAUGCGAAAGGCUAUGGAAAAAGUGGACCGAGAUCUUACGAACAACUUCAGGGAUGUAGCAACCAACGACGCCAAACACAUUCUGACAUUCAACAAAGGCAGUUCCAAGUCAGCUGUAGCCAAUAAAGUAUAUGAAAAACUAACACAGAAAUUCUACUGGCGCAACUGGUUCGUAGCUGUCUACAAUGACAUCGCGGGCGGGAAUAACCACUGGGUAUGGCUAUGUCAUGGCGCUGCAGUCUUUCGUCACAGCGGCUUUAACUUAUUGUUGGCAAGCAACCCCAAAGGAACGGGAACUUUGAACGCCUCCUCGGCACGUAGUCUCCUGAGAAAUGCAAAAUAUACAUCGAGGAAUUUUUGGGGUACGAAAACCUUGGGCGCCUCGGAUGUCUUCAAGAACAUCAAGUUCACUCGGAACUGCGGCCAAUACAGUGGGGUAGGCGUUGUGAGGAGCAACGCAAACUUCUCUCCGAAAUCUGAAAGCAAUCGAUAUGUGCAAGAAAGACGAGGUCCCUACUAUUUGUUUAUGUUCCAUUAACUUUGAUGGUAAAAAAUUGUUCUCUGAAAUAAAUAUGGGUAUUAGUGA